CACACCAACAAACAGAAUUCGAGAUCCAAUAUUUGUCUCUCUUUCACGUAUUUAAACCCUCUUCUUCAAGAACUACCACAUCCUCUUCUCUUCUAGCUGCACUGCUUUCUCUUCAGCCAAAAACUACUUCUCUCUCUCUCACUUGUUUGGCUAGUACGUGAGACAUCAUCAUCUCCAGCAUCACAAACAAUUAAUCUUGAAUUUCAUAAGAAGAUCAUAAAGCGAUGGAAAUGGAAUCUUGUGUCCCGCCAGGCUUUAGGUUUCAUCCCACAGAAGAAGAACUUGUCGGAUACUAUCUCAGAAGAAAGAUUAACGCACUCAAAAUUGAUCUUGAUGUCAUUAUUGACAUUGAUCUCUACAAAAUAGAGCCAUGGGAUAUCCAAGCGAGAUGCAAGCUAGGGUAUGAUGAACAGACUGAGUGGUACUUCUUUAGUCACAAAGACAAGAAGUACCCAACUGGAACGCGGACUAAUAGAGCCACAGCUGCUGGAUUUUGGAAGGCAACAGGAAGAGACAAAGCUGUGCUUUCAAAGAACAGAAUCAUAGGGAUGAGGAAGACCCUCGUCUUCUACAAGGGACGCGCGCCCAACGGACGCAAAACCGACUGGAUUAUGCACGAGUAUCGACUUCAAACGUCCGAGCAUGCGCCGCCGCAGGAAGAAGGUUGGGUUGUUUGCCGAGCAUUUAGAAAGCCAACCCCUAGCCAUCAAAGGCAAGGUUUUGAAGCUUGGAAUCACGGCUACUAUGCCAGAGAAAAUCAUGCCAACGUUGCGUUUCCUUCGUCUGUCGAUUUCGCUGAAGAAAAACACGCAAUUAAUCCGAAUCACGCUGCGAGUUUUCAUCAUUGUUUUGCUUCAGUUCAAGAACUCGUCUCCAACAAUAACUUUUCAGAUAUUCAACUUACUCAUGAAGCACUUCCGCAGCUUGAUAGUCCGUCCAUUUCUGCGAAUUUGACGAACAACAACAACAGUUUCCAGCAUAACAAGAGCAUAAUCAACGACGAUAAUUAUGACACCGAAAGAAGCAAUAGCAGCAGCCAAUAUAUUGACUGGAAAAAUUUGGAUAACUUGCUUGCUUCACCACUGAUCGUGGAUCCGGUGACGUCGUUCGCGUGUUCUAAUUUGCCGGCGUCAAUGGCCUCCCAAAGUUACCAGCAAGAUACUCAAAACCACCAUUUUCUUGGAUGCUUUAGUGACUCGUAACAAAGUGUAUAUGUAAGUCGUCCGUGGUCAUAGUUUUACGUUGUAUGCAUGGUUAAUAGAAGGUUAAGGCUAAAGAUAAAAUGUUGACUAUUGAAUGUGUCGCAAUAAAUAAUCCAUGCCUAGCCAGUAGGAACAGGGUUAGCUAUAUUUGCUCAGGAGUUGUUUUCAAGAUUUAUGUAUAUGCAUGCUUAGCAUGCACUAGAAAAGAACAAAAUAUAUGUACCUUUCACGAAGAAAAAAGGAACCCUGCAAAUUAAG